AUGGCUGCUGGUUCUGCUGGUGCAGGUGCAGGCCCAAAACUCAGCACGUCAGACGACCUGCUGAUCUGCUGUGCGUGCGGCGCGCAGUACGACGUGUGCAAAGACACGGGCAGGGAUAAGGAUGAGUGUCGGAUCUGCGAGGACCCCAGACAAUUCGUUCCCCCUUCAGGCCAAGCGUUCACGACACUGCGCGAGCUCAAAGAGGGACCCUACGCGAACGUCUUUGAGGUGUGCGACCACAACGACACCGUCGUCGAGAUCCAUACCGAGCCAAAGUUCGGAAUCGGCCAGGGAGCGCGCCUGAUCAGGACGCCCAACGGCAAUGUCCUCUGGGACUUGGUGGCGUAUUUGGACCAGGAUACCGUGGACAAGAUUACCGAGCUGGGCGGGUUGAAAUUCAUCGUCAUUUCACAUCCGCAUUUUUAUACAACCUGGGCCGAUUGGUCCUCGACAUUCAACUGCCCCGUGUACAUGACCGAGGUCGACUCGGUCUGGGCUAACAGAAAAGACACGCCGUCGGCAACCUUGAAACUUCUAACAGAGCCCACCACGGAGCUACUCCCGGGCCUCACGUCGGUCAUCUGCGGAGGCCACUUCCCCGGCAGCCAGGUCCUGCACUCGCUCCCGCCAAACACGCCCGUUCCGACACUCUUCGUCGCAGACACCAUCUUCGCGGUGCAGUCGAGCCACAAUCCCGACCCGGGCAAGCGGAGUGACACCAUCUCGUACCAGUUCCUCUGGAGCAUUCCCAACUUCAUCCCCCUGCCGCCGGAAGAGGUGCUCAAGAUCUGGAGGGCGCUCAAGCCGUUGGAGUUCAAGGCAACUUAUGGUGUCAUGGCCAAAAUCACCAAUGUUUUCGAGAAACCUGGACAGAGUCUGAGUCUCAAGGGGAGGUUGCUCCAGAGCGCCAAAAUCGCCGUCAAAGCAAUGGGGUAUUCGGACCAUGCCAUUUUCGCCGAGGAGCUGUGA